ACAGUCAAAAGACACCACCCCAUUGCACAUCCCAAUACACCAGCAGGGGAAACUUAUAACCCCGCCAGCCUGGACACUCCCUUCACUGCAUUUCUGGACUUCAAGACAGUAGGAGCACAACACUGCAGGCUCCCUCCACACCCGACCCUUUUCUUCAAGAGUUCUCAGCACUAGCGACACCUCUGCAGCAGAGCCAAGAUGUUGGUGCUACUGGCUGGUAUUUUUGUGAUCCACACUGCAACUGUGAUCAUGCUAUUUGUCUCCACCAUUGCUAAUGCCUGGAUGGUAAACAAAAAUAACUCAUCUGGACUCUGGAAGCACUGUAUAGAAAGCCACUGUGAGGAUGUCACAUUCCCAGAAGAUGAACUCUCUGCCCUCAAGGCAGUCCAAGCCUUCAUGAUCCUGGCCAUCAUCUUCUCCUUCAUCUCCCUGGUCAUGUUCAUGGUGCAACUGUUCACUAUGGAGAAAGGGAAACGCUUCUACAUCACCGGAGGCAUCCUGCUGAUUUGCUGGCUAUGCAUUUUGAUCGCUGCCUCCAUCUACACAGCCCGAUUCCCACAAUACCUCAACUCACCUCAGUAUCACCAUGGCUACUCUUUCAUAUUGGUCUGGAUCUGCUUUUGCUUCAGCUUCAUCAUUGGUGUUCUGUACCUUGUGCUUAGAAAGAAAUGAGGGUCCUGAGGAUGAAAUGGGGAGGGAGGAUUGGAAAUAUCGGGGGUGGGGGGGGGCUGGUGGGAGGGAUGUGAAGUCAUUUUCACAACAAGAACGGUUUGCCAAAAGAAAUGAAUCAUACACUGCUCAGCUAACUUGCCCAAUCCCAAACAUGAAUCCACCAGAGAGAGAAAAGCCACUCCAGGCCCUCCAUUUGUAAUGGAUAAACGGGACCAUGAAGAUGCUUGAAGAACUGCCAGAGCAGCCAGAUGCUGUCUUCUGACUAACAAAAUGGCAUGCACAAUUCCACUGUAAAGAACCUUAACUUUUCUGCCUCCCCGAUGAUGGGCAAACUAAUUGAGAUAUAAGCUUUUCAGCUUUCUUCCCCAAACCUUCUGCAGCUGUGAUGCAUUCCCCCAUGCUCCCUGUAGGCAAUUCUCACUCGUUAUGAGAGAUGUUAAUUUUUGUGCCCAGUAAAAUGAUGGUACAGAACCACUAGAUACAUUUUUACAAAGGUUAAAUACAUGAAAUGUGGAACCAAUCAAACUGAAGUGAGACUGAAUCCCAGUAUUAGGUUUUCUGUUUCCAUCGCCUUCACAUUUCAUUCUUAAGAAGGAACUGGAGCUACUGGUGCUGAUGAGAGUAGAAGAAAAACUAUGGGGACAAGAGAGGGGCAAAUGUGAGUGGCCGAGGGGAGGCUAGGUAGGGGUAGAAGCAGACAGGCAAACAUUCCUACAGGAUGGGAUUCUUAAUGCUGAAAUGAGGGUCAUUAGGAUGGGAUUUCCGUUACAGUUCACAACGUGUCUACAAAGACCUCCCAGAGUCCCACUGAUGCCACAGAACUGAAAGGUCUUUCUGAGAUAGAUGUAGUCUACAAGCAAUGAGUCAGAAAGGGUGGCAAUAGUCUAAUCAGUGAGACAUUCUCCUUUGGCUUCUAGGAGCGUUCCUGUCUCCACAAAAGGAGAUUUGUAUGACUAGCUGUCCUGCCAUUGUUGAAAACCUAAAGAAGGGGAGGUGGGCUUCUAUUUGGAGGAUAAGGUUUUUAAUCAUGGAUGUUGCACUGAAAGUAUGAUCUGACUUGGGUGAGGGAGAAACUUUAAUAUCACAGAAUAAUUUACACACACCCACCCAACACACAUAUGGUAGAACUAGCUACCUGAGUCAGGGUUUGAGAUGACUGCAUGACUUCAAGAAAGGACCUUCACUGUGUUGUGUCAAUCUUCAGUUUCUGCCUAUACUGUCAAUGCAUUCAAUGUGACCCCCUCUUGGGGAGGGGGGAAGUAAGAAGAAAGUCAGCUCAUGACAUUUAGCAAAUGGAUGUAAGCAGGAAAUGGCUGCAUGGGAACAGAACGGAUUUCUUAUAGUGUCAUAGUGACUGUCUGCAUCAAGACAUUCAGGCCAGAUACUCCUGUCAGUUAGAUCCAUCUAAGUAGCGACUGGUAAGAAGUUGGUUGACUCUCUCUCUGCUUCAUCCCGCUUAGCCUUGUGUAAGGGGUAACAAAAGCCAGUUUUGAAUGUGAGGUAGGAGAUGCAAAGAAAAAGCUUCCCUGUAUGACUUGGCAGAACUUUGCAGUCUUAUUUGCUGCAACCAGUACAGAUCUACUGUGUGUACUUAGUUUGCAUGACAGAAGACUACAGUCCUUGCAGAUCCUGUGCUGGAGUGCAAACUUCACUCUGUAGCCAAUGCAGUGCAUGCACAGAAGCCCCCCAGGACAGCUAUUUUGCCUCACCAGCAUCACAUUUGAAUCUGGCUUAAUUCAGGGCUGCAGCAGGUUUAGUAUAAACAGUAUUCCCUUUCUCUCUUUGUUACAUUCUUUUUACAUGUAAGCUUUUUGGAAUUUGGUGGAUAUGUUCUAAUAUUGUACUUACUAUUUCUCUGUGUGCAGUCAUUGUAAAUAUUUUGAUACAGAUAUUCCUGAAUGGAGGGAUAUUAAAAAAAAACACCAAUACAAUCCAUUUCCUUUUCUCAUA